AUGGCUUCCAACCAACCAACUCUUCUCCAGUACGCCAGAUUCUACAAUAUCGCAGAGGAUUCCACUCGAUAUUGUCCAAUUAAUUAUGCAGACGACAAAUGUGAGCCAAAAACUCCCAUUCCCCCUGUUGAGGGUCUCGACCCCGAACACCCAGAAGAACGCCUCAAAGAAAUCGACCGACGCUUCUGCACUGACCUCAUGAUGGAGAAGCUCCCAACUGAGCCCGAGGAUAUGAAGGUGCUGAGCGGAUGUCUCCAGCUCGACUCUGUCAAGGGAAAUAUCUGGCGUGGUAUCCUGCCUGAAGUGACAACAUCUGAUCAUAAAGGCGAGGCUCUUCUCCUCACAACCAUGGAUGAGAGAAUGGUCACUUCGUCCGAGUUCCAUUCCACCUUCGCUCAGAGUCCAGUUCCAUCUUCGCCUACCCCUUCGGUUCAUCUGGUCGUUCCUAGUGGCCCUGAUGUCCCUGUUGUUCCUAUGAAUACGCGUGAUGUCUUUGAUUACUACGAGUCCAGCAUGUCCAUGUCCCAGUCAAACAGUGUUGACGGUUUUACUGCGCUUGGCAAUGUGCCUGUCGAGUCCUCGAAUAUUACUACGACAUCCCAUCUUGCAGGAGAUGCCUUGCCCCCCAUCGUGGAUCCAUCGGGGACCGUGCAUCAGUUUGUCAGUAUUGAGUCUGACCCUGUUCCCUCUAUUCAUGAUCAAGAGAGCGAGACUUACGCUUCGAGCGUACUGAGCUCUGAGCAUCCCACCGAAAGUGAAUUCAGUGCAUUUGUUUUCGAUGACAACAUGUCCGCACCUACAUUCGAAGUCAGUCCAUACAACAAAUCGCAGCCCACCACUGUUUUUUCUCCUAGUCUGACCAAAGAAAAAGGAUUCUCCAUUGGCAGGGUUGGCAGCCAAAAAGCGCAAGCACCCAGAGCUCUGAAGGGAAAGAAAGGAACGAAAGCUUCUUUGGAGCCUGUGGCGGAUACUGGAAUACCUUAUGGACAGAAGGGAAUCGUGGCCGCUACUCUCAGUACGCUUCAUGAAGAUACACUUGUUGCGUCAAAGGGUACAUGUUCGAGUCCCUCAAUAACUCGGCCAGCAAAUGGUCAGAAUGUCACUCAGCUAGCACGAGAUCCGCAAAAUGCAAACGAUAACCAUGUUUCCUUCAGAACUCCUUGCGAGAAAAACCUCAAUACUAUGGCAGCACAUACUUCCUCAUCCGUGGACAAGAGAGACUCUUGCGUCGCUCAGCAGGAGCUGUUUCGCAUGAAACUGGGCUACAAGUCGCAUUCCACAGGAUUGAGGAAAGACCCUUUCAAGCCUCCACAUGAUGUUUCUCCCGUAGAUUAUACAGAGACCCCGAAAUCAUCCAACAAAGCGUUUGGUGGCCUCGGAUCUCUAUCCCUGUUUAUGCAAACCAGAGGUAGUGACGGAGGAUAUGCUACCUCGCCGCAUGAUCCAUCAUCCCUUUCCCUGGCAGCAUCCACGAGAAGUGGACAAGGCGAGUUUUCAAAUGUCCCUUCACUCUUGGGUGACAGUUCCCCAGACCCUGAUGAGAACCCUUCGGAUACCUCUCGUUCGCCGAGCCCUGCCUUCUCCAUGCAGGAAAGGGUGACCCGAUCGGCAUUCAACCCGCCGCCGAUAUUGUUCCUGUCUACCACCCUCCUGACAACCCACCCGUUGGUCGUACGAGAUAUGGAGAGGUGGCCAGAUAAUCCACCCAAAUUGAUCUAUCGGGAGUAUGGGGAUGCUUACUCAGAUUCCCGAUAUCACUACGAUGCAGAAAUCAUUCUGGCACCUGAUACUGGGCUUAUUCUGACGACCCCUCAUGAGCUGACACAGCGGUAUCUUCCAGGGCAUGGUCCAAGGGAUGCAAGGCUCAAUGGAAUCCAGGGAAUUGAUUCCCCGCUCAGAGAAAAGAUUUUCUGCCUCAUGCAUCGAUAUGCGCUUCUAGUUGUUCUCAUCUGCAAACCUGGCGGAGCAGACGUCAGCAGAGUUGCGAAUGACUCCCUGAUAAGGGAAAGCAACUUGCUCUCUCAAUUUUGUGACACCUACAAGGGAUUGUCCACAACAUUACUGAUACCGAUCCCGAACCACUCGUCAUACAUUGCAUUGUGGUGUUUCGGUAUGGGAAGGCUUCGAUACGAAUUGUUUCGCCCUGGCAUGAUGGAAAACAUCACGGAAGGGGAGUCAGAAUAUGAAGUCGCACUCCGCGACCUGGGAAUUAAUCCUUUCGCGGCGCGCUUUAUCUUAGAUAAAAUUCGCGUUAGUCGUUUCAACCCAUAUCCUAGUGUCCAUCCAUCUCCACCCUCUCAUGAGAUAGUUGCCAACGCCAGCUCAGAUUCAAGGGCUUUCGAUGUGUUCAUAACCAUGGAGUCCUUCGAGCGGAAUUUUGAAUACGGGUAUGUUAUUGGCGACGAGUUGAUUAGCAAGGUGUCGGAAGUGAUCGAAUUAAUGGGGUACUCGAUCAAUGGGGAUGAGACUGACAGUGAUGAUACUCAUGGUACUCAGAUCAGCUUUGAAUAG